CUGUUUUUGACGUUAUAAACAAGAUAAACCAACAACAACAAAUAUACAGUUCUAAAUUAGCCAACCAAAAACAAUGCGUGAGGUGUGAGUGGGUGGCAGUUUUUGAAACAAAAAUAAACAGCGCGUAAACCAAUAAAAGACUCCCAAAAGCCAAUUGAUACCGAAAAACUUUAUUCAAAAAAGAUUGGAAAAAAUAAUUUAUGCCAACUCAGAAAUAAAUUUAAAAUAGAUUAACUUUUCUAUUAACUUUUUUAUUAAUUCAAAAUCAAUUUUAGUCAAACAAUAUAAAAAAAAAUAAGAAAUAAUUAUGUAAUAUUUGCGGCGUGAAUAUUAUAUUUUGCUUUGGUUUUUUGUUUAUUUAAGUUAAGGCUCUUGGUUAAGUAGUUCCUAGAAUAUUUUGUUGGUUGUUUUUUUUUUUUUUUGUGCAAGAUCAGAGUCCAAAAUGAGUUUGAUUCUAUUUGUGACGGCAGCAGCGCAUUUAUUUUAUACACCAUUCACCAAAGUCGAGGAGAGUUUCAAUCUCCAGGCAAUGCACGAUAUUCUUUAUUUGAGACAUAACUUUUCACAGUAUGAUCAUCAUGAAUUCCCUGGAGUUGUGCCGCGCACUUUCAUCGGUCCACUUUUUGUAGCCAUCAUUUCGUCGCCAUUUGUUUUGCUCUUUGAAGCUUUAGAAAUUCAUAAAUUUUGGGCGCAAUAUGUAGUUCGAUUAGUAUUGGCAGGAACAAUUGCCAUUACAUGGAAUAAUUUAAGGAAAACCAUCAUUAAACAGUAUGGAAUGAUGGUGGCAAUAUGGUUCACUUUGAUAACCAUAACACAGUUCCAUUUUAUGUUUUAUAUGAGUCGAACUUUGCCAAAUAUUAUGGCAUUGCCAUUGGUGAUCUCUGCAAUAACUUAUUGGAUGAGAGGACAUAGUAAGAAUUUUAUUAUCUAUUCUGGAAUGGCUAUUAUUAUUUUCCGAUUUGAACUUGCCAUAUUACUUGGAUUGCUUUUAGCAAUUGCUCUCUACACUAAGAAGACUACAAUUAAUGAACUAGUCCAAGUGGCCGUUCCGGCAGGCAUACUCAUUCUAUCUGCAACUGUGAUUGUUGACUCAUUUUUCUGGCAACGUCCUCUAUGGCCUGAAGGACAAGUUCUUUGGUAUAAUACAAUUUUGAAUAAAAGUUCAAACUGGGGGACAUCUCCAUUUCUAUGGUAUUUCUAUUCUGCCAUACCGAGAGCAAUGGGAUUUUCUCUUUUAUUUGUUCCAGUUGGACUUAUUUUAGAACCUCGCAUUCGUCCACUUGUACUUAGUGCAUUUCUAUUUGUAUUUUUAUACUCGUUUUUGCCCCACAAGGAGCUUAGAUUUAUUAUUUAUAUAUUUCCAGUACUGAAUAUUGCAAGUGCUUGUGCUUGUAAUAGAUUAUGGAUAAAUUCCGGAAAAUCAAUAUGGCAAGGACUAUUAGCUCUGAUUGCUGGUGGUCAUAUAAUUUUGAAUAUUUUCUUAACUUUGUUCCUACUUGUUGUUUCUAGUACAAACUAUCCAGGUGGAGUUGCUAUGUCACGUUUGCAUAGAAUAGAAGCAAAUGCUAGCAAUGUAUCAAUUCACAUAUCUAAUUUAGCAGCUCAGAGUGGUGUCUCUCGAUUUAUGGAGAUUCGUUCUGAUUGGAGUUAUGACAAAAAAGAAAAUUUGUCAUUCAUUGAAACAGAUAUGAUAAACUAUUCCCAUCUUUUGGUAGAAGCUAAAAGUAAAUUUAACAAUGAUUGGACAUUUCUACAGGAGAACUAUGAAACCAUUGAAUUUGUUGACUGUUUUAGCAGCAUUGGAAUUCAAUAUAAUUCUUUGCUGCCAGUGAAGGUCAAGACUAAACCUUGUAUUGGAAUUAUGAAACGCAAAACUGCUGUCACAAAAAAGAAAAUCACUCAUGAGAAGAGAGUUGAAAGAAAACCUAAGGUGGAGAAAGUUGUUGAAAUUGAAGAAGUGAUAGAACCUGAACCAGAAAUUGUGCUUGCUCCUACAUUCGAAAAAGUGGUUGAAAUUCCAAAAGAAAGUGAAAUUAUUCCCGAAGAAGAAGAACCACCAGUUCAAAUGAAAACUGUCCAAUCAAUAAACACAACUCAUGCAUCAAUAGAAGAAGAUGAUGGUGUUGUUAUAAGUAAUGGAGAUUCCCUUGAAGAAGCCCCUUCUACCACCCAAACUAGAGAAAUAAAUUUCACCGAACUGAGAAACAUUGCUCUUGGAAAAUUAACCAAAACAACUCGAUCAAAAUUACGUGAAAUUAUCGAACAACAUUAUCGAUCGAAAGGAUCUGUUAUUGAAAAUGAUGGAGAGUCUAAAGAGCAUCAUCAUGUUUCAACAUCAAAAUUGGCAACGGCACCACCUGGAGGAGAGAAACGCAACCGAAUGACUGUUAAAUCGAUAAUAAAACAAGAAAAAAUUAAAGAAAUGAUCGAAAAGAUCUCAACAAUGGAUCUAACGAAGUUUUGUGAUUUAGAUAAAAUUUCAACGAAAGAUUGCUUAAAAAGUGUGAUCGACGAAAUUGAUGAUAAUAAAAAUAAUAAUAAAUAAAGUGAAUUUAAUUUACAUAA